GAAAAUUAAAAAGAAAAACGCCCCUUUAUUCAAGAAUAAUGCACUAGUCCGAAAAAUCAAAAAGCAUAAAUUAUGAAAAAGAUUGAAGAAACUAAUGCAUCCGAUCUGAAAAUCUCCAUUUGCAUUUUUGUUUUUGGAAUUCAGUUUAGGGCAUGAAAUUAAUUAAUCACAGUUUUAUAGUCACCGAUGAACAUCGCGAUGGGUCUGACGCCAGCGAGAUCUUUCCUUUCAUCCUUGACUUCAUGUUUAAUGUGAAACCCAUCAUCAAUCUCCACGCCAUUCCACUUUUGUCGGGGACCCGUAAGUACCCAAAAUCAAAAGUUUGAAAAUUUCCUCUCUUUUUGUUUUUGAAUAAUCCCCAAAUCUGGAUCAUCUUCUACAAUCUAAUGUGUAUGUGUUUAUCUUUGUGUCUCUCUCAUUCUGACGAGUUUGCGAAUUGGGCACCGUGAUACGUGCCAUUUUAUCCUUAAAAAUAGUCAGAGACCCGCUUAAGCUCUAACAAACCGCGACCCUCCCCUGCACUUUUCUAUUACGUUCUAUAGAUCUCUCUUCAUCCCAAAACUGCAUUCUUCUCAAUCUCUCCAGUACUCUGUUCCCCACUCACCACUUUGUAAUUGAUACUGGCUACAGUGAAAAAAGGGCAAUUACCUAUAAAGAAUGACAUCUGAUAAAAAAGAUCCAUAUGUUCCUAAGAAGAUCCUAAUAACGGGGGCAGCUGGUUUCAUAGCAUCCCAUGUGACCAAUCGUUUGAUCAAGAACUAUCCAAGCUACAAGAUUGUGGCACUUGACAAGCUAGAUUACUGCUCAAGCAUUGAGAACCUAUGCCCGUCUCGCUCCUCUCCCAACUUCAAAUUUGUCCGGGGCGACAUUGCCAGCGCUGAUCUUGUAAACCACCUUCUGAUCACAGAAGAAAUAGACACCAUAAUGCACUUUGCUGCACAAACCCAUGUAGACAAUUCCUUUGGGAACUCUUUUGAAUUCACCAACAAUAACAUCUAUGGCACUCAUGUCCUUCUUGAGGCCUGCAAGGUCACCCGGCGCAUCAAGAGGUUCAUUCAUGUUAGUACUGAUGAAGUAUACGGUGAAACUGAUCUCGAGACCGAUAUUGGCAAUCCUGAAGCUUCUCAACUGCUCCCUACAAACCCAUAUUCAGCCACCAAAGCUGGCGCUGAAAUGCUUGUCAUGGCCUAUCAUCGGUCCUAUGGCCUCCCCACGAUCACCACCCGAGGGAACAAUGUGUAUGGUCCCAACCAGUUCCCUGAAAAGCUUGUCCCCAAGUUCAUUCUGCGAGCCAUGAAAGGCGAGCCAUUGCCCAUUCACGGAGACGGGUCAAAUGUGAGAAGCUAUCUAUAUUGCGAGGAUGUUGCGGAGGCAUUUGAGGUGGUUCUCCACAAGGGCGUGAUUGGGCAUGUUUACAAUGUUGGCACAAAGAAGGAGAGGCAAGUGCUUGAUGUUGCCAGGGACAUUUGCAAAUUGUUUGGAUUGAAUCCAGAUGAAGUUAUAGAGUUUGUCCAAGACAGGCCUUUUAAUGACAAGAGGUACUUCCUGGAUGACCAAAAGCUUAAGAAGCUUGGAUGGGAGGAAAGGACUACAUGGGAGGAAGGCUUGAAGAUGACAAAGGAGUGGUAUACUAAGAAUCCUGAUUGGUGGGGCGACAUUACUGUUGCUCUUCAUCCUCAUCCUGGCAUUUCCCUCAUUUCUCUUUGUAAUGACGAUGACUGUUCCGUGCGGCAAAGGGGCACAAAAGAUUGCUCCUAUGCCAGUAAAGGCGAGAGUACUACCAAUAGAAGUUCUUCAACUUUGAAAUUUUUGAUUUAUGGAAAAAGUGGUUGGAUUGGAGGGUUGUUAGGAAACCUCUGUAGGGAUGACAGGAUCGAUUUCGAGUAUGGAAGAGGAAGAUUGGAAGAUAGGAAAUCCCUAGCAGAGGAUAUAGCAAGAGUUCGUCCAACCCAUGUGUUCAAUGCCGCUGGGGUCACUGGGAGGCCUAAUGUUGAUUGGUGUGAAUCACAUAAGGUGGAAACUAUCAGGACUAAUGUAGUGGGUACCCUUACUUUGGCAGAUGUUUGCAAGGAGCAUGGCCUCUUAAUGAUGAAUUUUGCAACUGGGUGCAUAUUUGAGUACGAUGAGGGGCAUCUCGAAGGGUCUGGUAUUGGAUUUAAGGAGGAUGACAAGCCAAAUUUCAUUGGUUCGUUCUACUCCAAGACCAAGGCUAUGGUGGAGGAGCUUCUAAGAGAGUACGAGAAUGUGUGCACUCUUAGAGUUCGAAUGCCAAUAUCAUCAGAUCUUAGCAACCCACGGAACUUCAUCACAAAGAUCACACGAUAUAACAAAGUGGUUAACAUACCCAAUAGCAUGACAGUUCUAGAUGAGCUCCUACCUCUAUCAAUCGAGAUGGCAAAGAGGAAUUGCAGGGGAAUAUGGAACUUCACUAAUCCGGGUGUCGUAAGCCACAAUGAGAUCUUGGAGAUGUAUAGGGAUUACAUGGACCCAAAAUUCAAAUGGGUGAACUUCAAUUUGGAAGAGCAAUCCAAGGUAAUAGUAGCACCAAGGAGUAACAAUGAACUGGACUCAUCGAAGCUAAAGAAUGAGUUCCCUCAGUUGUUGUCAAUUAAAGAUUCAAUUAUUAAGUAUGUUUUUGAACCCAACAAGAAAACUUGAACAUAGAUCAAUGUUGUUGAAAUUGAAAAUAAAAUAGGCUUCUGUGUUGAGGAAUGGUGGUGACUUAUGGGAGCACAACAUUUUUUAUUCUUGUCUUUUUUAUUAAUUUUCUUUGUUUUUUCAAUAGCCAAUGUUUUACAGUUAAUUUAUCUUUUUGGAUUAUCCCCUGAUGUAACUUAUAUGAUUUGUCAUCUCAAUUUAAAAUUUUGAUCUUAUAUUUAGUUAUUUAUUUCACUUUUUUUUUU